GUGUGUAUAUAUAACACCUUUUUAUUUACACAUGAUGAACACAAUAAAUAUGAGACAAUCACGUGUCCAUUUUGUACAUAACAAAUGUUUCUGAAGACAGAUGUCAAUUCAUAUUGAAAAGUGUUAUAUGUUUUUUAAUGAUUUAAUUACUGUACUAGGGUUUUUAUAACGAUAUUUUUUCUAUAAAUUUACGUAAUUGUGACAACAAAAAGGGGCAUGUGUGUUUCAAAAUAUAAACAUUUCUUUGUGGAAAAUAUUGUAAUAAAAAGUUGAAGUGCUGAAGAUAUAUAGAUAGAGUACAGUAAUUGAUUUUUUCGAAAUGGCUUUGUUUUCGUGGUUAACUUUGUUAAUAUAGAAAUUUGUUAAUGUGAUUUGGUUUAUUUAUGCACUGCUAAUUACUUAAAUUGCAAGAAUGCCUGGCACAAAUUUAGUUGUCCCCGUAGUGCUGUGGGGUCAUUCAGCACCCACUCAUUGUGUCUCUUCAAUAUUUUUGUCACGAGAUCAAAAAACUUUAGUAACAGGGUGCUAUGAUGGACAAAUAUGUUUAUGGCAAGUUGACCCAGACACAAUGAAACUGACCCCAAGAUGUUUAUUAGUAGGACAUACAGCUCCAAUAUUAUGUUUAUCUAGAGUUAGUAUUAUUCAAGACAAUAACUUUUUAGUAAGUUCAUCCGAAAGUGGUGAAAUGUGUACAUGGGAUUUAGUAGAUGGUAAAUGCAGGGAAAGUGUGAAACUAACUCAAGUUCAUACGAGUAUACAGGCUUACCAUAUGUCAAACUGUGAUGAUAUUAGAUUAUUUUGCAAUGGUUAUUAUGCUGAAAUCCUUAUCAUGGAUCCGUUCAGUCUGGAAAUACUUUUUUCUCUAUCUUCAAAAGUUAAUCCGGAUUGGAUAUCCGCACUUCAUGUGUUGAGACCGUCCAAACGUAAAGAUGAUGUCGUAUUGGCUAUCACAACAACUGGAACAGUAAAAGUAUGGACAUUGUUAGGACAUGAAAAUAAACAUUCUGAGCCAAUCUAUGAAAAUGAGUCAAAACAGAUUCGUUGUUUAAAUGCAAUAUCUAUGAAUUGUUGCCCUUUUAACCAAAGAACAGUACUUAUAGUUUGUGCAAAAUUCUGGCAAAUAUAUGAUGCAGGAGAUUUUAGUGUACUUUGUUCUGUUAUAUCACCUGUUGGAGAAAGAUGGAUGUCAGGAGAUUUUUUAGGACCUGAUCGUGUGCUUUUGUGGUCAGAUGAAGGCAGGGCAUACUUAUAUAAGUUACCAAGCAACAACCUUCCUAAAUCUAGUAGUAUUGCGGACAAUAAAGAUUUUCAUGCUGCCUCAAUUGAGAAGGAUACUCCACUCUUGUAUUGCAUCUUGGCACAAAAUGGAGAAAAGCCUUUAUCAUGUCCUCCAGCUAUGAGAUUUGUUACAACGGCAGCUGGUGGAAAAUCUAAUAUGUAUAUGUUACGCGGUGACUCAGAAGGAACUGUUACUAUUUGGUCUGUUCCUGAAGCAUGUCCAGUAAAUGCACCACAUGAAACAGGGAAGCCGCCUGUUUUAUCUCCAACAAUUACAACUAGCCUUAUGGAAGCUUGGUCAGAAAUGAAUCCUAGUCCUGUUGGUAUUCUAGAUCAAUUUAUACAUCCAGAUGAACCACAUUCUAUCAAACUUGCGUCCAGCAUUUAUCUACCAGAGCAUUCCAGACUGGUAGUUGGAAGGGAAGAUGGAAGUAUUAUCAUUGUUCCAGCUACACAAACAGUUAUGUUACAAUUACUCCAUGGUAACCAUCAGCAAUAUGUUGAUUGGCCUCCUCAUCAGCUGUUAACUGGUCACCAAGGUAGAGUAAAUUGCUUGUUGUGCCCAUCUUUAGCCAACAGCCGUUACGAUCGUGUUCAUUUAGUGUCUGGAGGAGUAGAUUUUGCCGUUUGUUUGUGGGAUAUUUACUCAGGUGUCCUUUUGCAUAGAUUUUGUGUCCAUGCAGGUGAAAUUACUCAGUUACUAGUGCCUCCUGAAACUUGUAGUCCUCGUAUUCAAAAAUGCAUUUGUGCUGUUGCUUCAGAUCAUAGUGUCACAUUGCUUUCAUUAUCUGAAAGAAAAUGUAUAACACUGGCAAGCAGGCAUCUUUUUCCAGUAGUUAGUAUAAAAUGGAGACCGUUGGACGAUUUUAUGGUGGUGGGAUGUUCAGAUGGAACAGUUUAUGUCUGGCAGAUGGAAACCGGACAUCUUGAUCGAGUACUUCAUGGAAUGAUAGCUGAGGAAGUUUUAUAUGCUUGUGAUGAAAACACAACAAGUUCUGCAUAUUCAACUUCAGAAAUGGGUUUAGCAAAUCCAGCUGUUCAUUUCUUUAGGGGUCUCCGGCACAGAAAUUUAUCAGCUAUUCGACAUGCUACUCAAAGGGGCUUGCAUCAGCUGCAACAGUUGCAUUCCCACCAUCAGCAGGAUUAUAGCGCUGGUUUGAAAAAUCGCGGUGCUCCUUUGGUGAUUCAAGGAUUACGAACAAAUCCUAAGGACCCUGAAAGUCAUAUACUUUUCUUUGAUAUCGAGAGUCUAAUUGUGAAGCUAUUAAGUGAGGAAUAUGCAGCCAUGAGUCCCGAUAGUUUAGAACAAGCUGGUCUUAGCGCUCAGUCAGAAUAUAAAAAAGUAACAGCAUUAACACAAUCAGCUAGUCCAGAUGCAACUAAAAAGAUAUCAGAUUUCUUUGGCAAGGUGAAGGACAAAGCUGAGGAUAUGGAAAGAAUUCUUAAAGAAAAAGAUAAACAUGGAAUUUUAGCCAAAAUGAAGGAAGGUGCAGAAAAUGUUCAUACAAAACUUCAAGCCAAAGCUGAAAGUGUAGGACUUCGGCAAAAUGAUAUGAAUAAAGAUAAUAAUGAAAAUACAAAUAAAAAGCAGCAAAUCAGAAAUCAAAAUGAGGGUACAACCGUUAUGGAAGUAGCUCAGUUACUUUUAUCUUUGUUACACGCUUGGGGAAUGGAUGCUGACUUAGACAGAGUUUGUGAAACAAAACUUGGUCUUCUAAAACCAAUGAUACCUAUAUCUUUUGGAGUAUUAUCAAAAGGUGGAUAUAUGUCACUAUUGCUUCCCACAUGGCAAAAUAAUUUAGAAAUUGAUAUCAGUGGCAUAGAUUUAUCUGGUUUGCAUCCAAAUAUACCAAAAGAGUUGGUAAAGCAGGAAACCCUCACAAGGUUAUUUACAUCACGAUUCCACUGGGAAUUAUCAACAACAUUAACAUCAAAUCAUUUAUUGGCAAUUAUCGCCUUAAGUAACACAUUGAUGUCUAUGAAUAAUGCCACUUUUGUGCCUGAACAAGAAAGGAAUAGAAAACUACACAGACAAUCAACCAGAGUAAAUGUGACGUGGUGUAAAGCUGAUGAGGAAAAUGAAGAAAUUUAUACUCAGCAACAAGCUCAGAUAAAGCAAGGCUGGUCCUUACUUGCCACUCUACAUUGUGUUCUUCUACCAGAUAAAGUUACAGCAGCUGGGGCUAAGAAUUUCAAAAGGCCACAGGUGGAGAUGAUGGCACGUAGGUGGCAACAUCAGUGUUUGGAGGUACGAGAAGCCGCACAAGCUCUACUAUUAGCUGAAUUAGGCCGUCUUGGUCCUAAAGGUCGUAAACAAUUAGUUGAUUCAUGGGCACAAUAUCUGCCGUUAUACACAAAAACUGAAAGUAUUCAAAAUCAAACAAAUCAUGGUUCUAAUGGAGUGCAUGUUAACACGCCAAAUCCGAUCUCUGUGCAAGAUGGAACGGAAGAGGAAUAUGAAGAAGAGGAGGAGGAAGUUGUUAGAAAACCAUCAAGUAUUGCUGAAUUAAAGCGCAAACAAACAACUGCUGUUGUUCUUUUAGGUGUUAUUGGUGCAGAAUUUGGACAAGACAUUACUACAGAAGCUAAUAACAAAAAGAGGAUGGGAGAUGAUGGAAGGAGAAAAAGUUCAGUUGUGGAAGGUUUUGGAAUUGGCAACAAUAAUCUUGCAAGACUUACGUCGAUGGCUCUGACACAUUUGUUGUUGGCUCCACCUUCGCCAAAACUUCCAGCUCAUACACCAUUACGAAGAGCAGCUAUUGACCUUAUAGGUAGAGGAUUCACAGUUUGGGAACCAUAUCUAGAUGUCAGCAAAGUAUUAUUAGGCUUAUUGGAAAUGUGCUGUGAUGCUGAUAAAUUUGUUCCGAGUAUGACAUAUGGAUUACCAUUACAUCCUCAAGCUGAUUCAUGUAGAACUGCGAGACAUGCAUUAACUUUAAUUGCUACAGCAAGACCUGCUGCUUUUAUAACAACAAUGGCUAGAGAAGUUGCACGUUAUAAUACAUUACAACAAAAUCCACAAACAAUAAAUGUUAAUUUGAACAAUUCAGUAUUACAUAGAGCUAAGCCUGAAAUUCUUCGAGGAGUUGAACUGCUCAUAGAUAAAAUGCAAAGUGAAAUGAGUGACUUACUUGUCGAGGUUAUGGAUAUUAUAUUACAUUGUGUAGAACCUGGACAUUUGAAGACAAAAGGUCUUAGUGAUGUAUUUCCUGCUGCUUGUCGAUUCAAUCAAGUAUCACAUUGCCCAGCAACAAGGCGAAUUGCAGUUGGUGCCAGCAAUGGAAAUCUUGCAAUAUAUGAGUUGAGGCAAAGCAAAUGUCAGAUGAUACAAGCUCACUCUUCGGCUAUCAUAGCAGCAGCAUUCAGUCCGGAUGGCAAAUAUUUAGUCAGUUAUUCCUGUGGAGAAAAUCGUUUGUCAUUCUGGCAAACCAGUACAGGUAUGUUUGGUCUGGGUGCUUCUCAAACACGUUGCACCAAGAGUUAUUCAACUGCUCCCAUACCCGAUGUAUCCCGCUUGAAUCCAAUGAAAUUGGCUAGAUUGAUUUGGAUAAAUAACCGUACAGUCACCCUUAUGCUGGCAGAUGGUUCUGAGACAAGAUUUAACGUUUGAUUCUAUUUGCUGACAUGGCUGCUUUGGCCUAAUUUGGUUUUGAUUGACAUUUUAUAUCGCGCACAUGAAAGUAAGUUCAGUUUCAUACUUUCCUCAUAUGAAUUAUAUGGUACUACUGCUAUGGAACUAAAACCAUUGAACUAUAAUCUAAAGUUAGAAAGAUCUUGUAAUGUGAAUUUCUUUUAAGGUAAUAUUUCUAUUUAUAAUAUAAUUAUAAUGUUAUGUUUUGUACAUAAAUGUACAUACUAUGAAAGAUAU